UAUUAGUCAAGUUUUAUCUUUUGAUAUCUCGUGCAGAGCAAAACAUGUCAACCCGGAUAUGCAUACACGGUCAUGUAAAACCCCGGAAAGAUAAACAAUUAAUAUUACACCUAUCGAUUUGAUCAUGCAAUACCUUUACACUUGGUACAACUGUCGGCAUGCAGCACAAUGAAUGUCUCUACUAUAACCUCACCAUCAGAGACAGCUGAAGACCUAUCUCUUGACAAGGUGUUGAUUUUUGUCCUGGUGUUUGUGUCCAUGUUGGUGUUAAUCUUCGUUAUAAGCGGGGUGUAUAAAAUCAAAGAGUUUUGUAGAGAGCGGAACACGGACACAGGAAUCUCGGAAGACAUUUUUGAACAUCCACAUAGGGACGCGCCUCCUCCUUACCCCGGGAAGUUGUCUAGAACAGAUGUGAAUUACCUCCCUUCCUACGACUCAGCCGUCCAGAUGUCCACCAUAUUGGAUAUAACAUCUGGGUCUACGAACAGACCAGAGGAGUUACGCACCGACCAAUAUAUAACAGACGGACAGAUUACAACUGUUCCUCCGACAGAUAUGCCUCCAACAACACAAUCCACAUUAGAGACACAAACGACUUGUCAAGAGUCAGUUACACAGACACAAUCCAUAACAGAAGAAAACAUUGUAGGAUAUCAGUCACCAACUGUCUUCACACUGUAGAUUAAAUCAAUCAGAGAAAAAUCCUUCACAGAAAAGAAAAAUGUUCUGAAAAAAGUGUCCAUUUAACUACGCUGGUAAAUAGACAGCGCUAGUUAUGAAAACGAUGUGCUCACCACGUGUCGUUGAUACUAUGUGAUUUUCAAACAAACAAUCCUUUAGCGCUUGCUCUGUUUAUUUUCAAGAAAUCUCUGUACACGUCAAAAAAUAUCGUUCAAACACCAUCGAACCAGCCAUUCUCUCAUCAGAGGACGCGUUACGCAUGCUUCACACAGGGCGACUUCGUUUUGUCGUGUUUGAACUUGGGCUACCGGAUUUGCAAUCGAACGGAGGGUUAUACGUAUUGUGACAAAGGAACCUUAUCCAACUAUCCCUGCCUUCUCCGAGGGCGUGGUAGCAAUAUGUCGGUCUUGUAAUGAUACGCAUGGAUGGCUGCAUGACUAUUUGACAUGGGAGUAAAACUUUACCCUAAACGUAGGCCUACUCGGACCGUACGAACGUACAUGUAAGUCGUUCUUACAGUGCAGCGCCCGUAGUGUACGGAACUCUACGUAGAGAACGCAAGCAUUGGAUAUCUCAGAGUGACUGGUUAGUUUAGUACGAGAUAUUACAGGUCAACCAAUAUUUUCAUUCAGUGUUUCCCGCUCAUUUUCUAUUGAAAUCCAGUUUGUCAUUUGCCACUAUGCAAUGAAGACACAUUUUUGUUUCAAUAUCUAGUUAAACCCGGUUGUGUUGAUAUAUACAAUCCACAAACUGCGAGGCAUUGUUGAAAUGAUCUAUUCUGGUAUAUAUAUUAUAGCCAUUCCUAGCAAAAAAGACCCUUUUAUCUCAUACGUGCGGUGUAUAUUGAAAGUGAGAUAAAGCAUUAGCUUUUUAUCAAACUCCCCGUCGAGGCCUCAUUACGUCACCUACGUACAGACCUCUCCUAUGUGACGCAGCACAACAUACAGAUUUAAUUGUAUAUUGUGAGUCCGCGAUUAUCACGCGGGCAAAUAACAAUAAAGAAGUAGUUUGUAGUUUUAAAAGCUUGAAAAUACUGACAUUAAGAGCAUUAAUAUAAAAGUAUGGAUUUUAUUUUAAACAUAAAAUUAUCAAAAGAUCAUUAAAAGGUAUGGAUACUCUGUUCAAAUUAUAGUGUUUUUAAAAUGUUUACGUUCUUGUUUUGAACUGUUUACGUUUGACGUUAUGGUUUUUUCGUCAUUCAACAGUGACGUCACACAGUAUACGCGGUAUAAGAAUUCGCUAUCCCAUAAUGCCUAACUGGAAGAGAUUGGUUUGUGAGCAAACGAACUCUGGCUGAAGUUUGUAGCUUUAUCACACGCCCGUUUGAUAAAGCACUUCCGGUCCGCACUACUUUUGACACUGUCCCCGCUUGAAUGACAUACAUGUAUUUCCUGUGUUCAUGCAUAUCGACGCAUGAAAUAAAGCAUAUAACUUGUAAUUCUGUAUUUAUUUAGAAUUUCUUUUAAUGCAAGUUACCGGCCAUAAAAAUGUCAACUCGAUCAAUAACUACUCGAAAAUUACGACCAGAAAACAAAAAGAUGUCCACACUAUUAUUAUCGACAAGGAAUCAACCGCCUACUGGACAAGCCUAAUCGAAAGUACCUCGAAUGCUGCAGUACCAAGUAUUCACAAACACACUCUCUUUUCUCUGGAGCCAUAUUGAAUGUAAUAAAUCUCAACAGCUUUACUUACCAGGCCUAAAGUACCUCAGGAUUUCCUCUCGCCCUCAGAUCCAAAGAAACCACGUGAAUAAAAUACGCACAAACACUUUUACUUUUCAUUGUAAACUGUUGAACAUUCUAAUAACGCUACAUUAAAAUAUUACUUUCAUUGA